UCCUUGGUGUAUUUUAGUAAUCAUUUAUUUCCAAAAUUUACAAUUGUUUUAUCUCAAGAAACAUACCAAAAUGGAUCAUACCAAAAGAGAGACAACAUAGACAAACAUAAUGUAACUUACUUCUUUUGCUUAUUAGUCAUUUUCUAUUCCCCCUAAGUCUUGAUUUUUGGUACAGGAUUUUCAAUGGUCUCUGAGUAUGUAAAUGCUAAAUUCAAGAAAUUAAAAGAAUGGAAGUGGGGCGAGGUUUUAUGUGAUCCAACCUGGGAAGUAAGCAGAGCUGCAGGUUGCAGGUCUUGCUGCCACCCCUCACUCCUCCCCAAGGUCUUGCUUCCCCUGUUCCCCCUCUGCCCCAUCUGACACACUACCCAUCCCAGCUCCUCGAGGUCUUCCCUCCUCCCUUCCCCCUCAGCCCCACUUGAUGUACUCAUGUAAUUGUUCAACAUGGGUCAUUCUGAUUUGUCAAUGUGGGUCAUUCUGAUUGGUCUGUGACAGUGACAUCAUGGGCAGGAACUGUAUGAAUAUGGGGGCAGAGGACAUUUUUAUCAUUCUAGGCCUGACUUCAUUUGUCAUAGCUAUCCUGCUGCCACUAUAGCAACUAAGUCCUGCCACCUCAGAACCCCUUGCUGCUACUUGUCAAGGUACUCGGCUGUCAUGAGGAAUCUUGACUUCAACCUUGAUAAACCUCAGAUCAUCAAUCUCAGGAUAGAGCCUGAGAUGGCUGAGGAAUGCCUCGGAUUCUCAACUCUGUUUUAUUUCGAGACCACAUUUAGUCGAGGAGAGGUGAGGGAGGCUCUCGACUUCUCAGCCACUCCUGAAUGUUCCACCGAUCUGCCCAACAUCAGAGACUCUGACUGGAACAUGGAGGACUCUGACAUGAUGGCAAGGGAAAUAAAUUGGUGUGUUGAGCAUAGGCCAGUCACUCUAUAUUUGCACACGAAUGCUUGGGUGAACAUGACUGCUGAGGAGCUGCAGCCGUUCAUUGGCCUCCACCUGCUGGGGUUCGACAUCUUGCACUCCCACUUACACUUCUCGGACAGCAAGGACCCCUGGUAUGCCACAGACUGUCUAUGGAAGUUGAUGGCAGUGCUGGAUGUCUUUGACAUGUCCUUCAAGAUAGUUUAUGUCCUGGUAAAGAAGUUGUGAAUUGC